AUGACUUGCACAUGUAGGAAGUUUCAGAUAUGUGGAAUCCCUUGUGAACAUGCUUAUGGAGUUAUAUUGAAGAAGACUCUACAGGCUGAAGACUACGUUUGUCAAUGGUUCCGAACCUCUAAAUGGCAGCUCAACUACAGAGAAGGGUUGAUUCCUCAACGAGGUCCACGGUUCUGGCCUUCAACUCAAACUGACAUGGUGUAUGCUCCUCCAAGUGAUGACAGUAAGAUGACCAACGCAGACAAGAAGAGAAAGAAAGGAGUCAAUGAGUCUCCAACCAAGAAGCAACCAAAACAAAAGAAGAGAAUCAUGCAUUGUGGGAUUUGUGGUGCAGCAGACCACAAUUCCAGGUUUCACAUGAAGAAGAACAAUGCAACACAGGGAACUCAAGGUGAAGUGUCUACACAAGGUGAAGUGUCUACACAACCUUCUCAGCCUUGUUUGACCCAAGAGAACUGAUGUGGGACUUAAAUAGCAAGAGGAGUGGUGUUGAGAUGAAGGAGAAGCACAAUGAAGACUUGUCUGUUUUUUUUUGUAUGGUCUUAUUGUGUAUUUAAACCUGUUUAGGAUGGUCUUAUGGUUUUGUAAAACUUAACUAAUGUUCUCUUUUGAAACCUUGAUGUAUGGUUUUAGCAAACUUAACUAAUGAUGUUCUGUUUUACAAUC